AUGGCCACCCAAGAUGCUCCGAUGGAGGAGAUCAUGUGGCGGUCUCCUCCACAUGUCCAGAUGAUGGGGGGAUACCUACACUCCAACAACAUUCUCUUCUACUUUGCCGAAUCGCCGUUCUUUGACCCGACCUCCAACAACAGCUCACUCACCAUCCAAGCCAGCUACAACGAAGCAUUCCGUCACUUUGUCGAAACACGCGAGGCCUUCGAAACCCGGUUGAAGACCAUGUCUGGCCUGGAAUUCAUAGUCGCUUAUGACCCUUUACAAGCAGCAGCUCAAUCAGAUACCCGCUUCGCACACGAGCCGUCAAAUAUCUGGGUCAUUCGGAAACAAAAUCGGCGGAAGCGCAACGGUAUGGACGACGAGGUGACGGUGAUAUCAACGUACUUUGUCGUCGGCGAUAGCAUUUACAUGGCACCGUCGGUUGCGAGCGUUGUUGGAAAUCGGAUCCUCUCGGCCGUGACCUCUCUGUCGCGCCUGAUGAAAACCGCUUCAACCCUUCCGACCUUCACACCUUCAUACGGCCACACCUACCUCCCGCCUGCGACCAAGACUGAUGCAGGACCACAAGCCUCACAGCAAAGCAAGGAAUCAACACCUAUGCCCGACGCUGCCCCACCAUCCACUGCCGAAACCCAGACAUCUAGCAAGGCAGGCCUCGGUGUCUCCACCUCGAGCUCCAAUUACAAGGAUAUCCGCAGCCUGGCCGAGUCGUUCAACCUUUUUACACGCUACGGCGACGAAUUCAUGGACGAAAACCCGCUGGUCGGUGAACCAGGCUCAUUUAUCCUAUCCCGCACAGGCGAGAAGGACCGGGCCACCAAGAACGCAGCCAAGAGCGCACCUGCACGCCCUCGGAGCACAUCCCCCUCUGCAGCUCCGGCGCGGGUUGCAACACCGCAGGUCCGAGUCGACACCCCAGGCAAGCUAUCGGAGAAGACCAAUUCGCCCACCAGCUCGGGGGAGAACAAGGUCAAACGAAAGAAAAGCAGGAUUGCAAGCUGA